AUGGGUUCUCAGACGUUAGAAAUAUUGCGUCAAGGUAUAUGGGCUUCGUUAACUGGAGGGUGGUUCUAUGAUCCACAUCAGAAUUUGUUUUGCAACACCGUGCAUUUGUAUAUCUGGUUGUUUCUGCUAUGCCUUCCGUUCUCAGUGUACCUGUAUUUUCCCCCCGCAAGUCUUGGCUGGCUGAUCUACUGUGCGCUCGUGGCUGUGUUGUUUACAUCACUCAAGUUAAUAAACCACAGUCUUCACCACAUAUAUGAUACAAAUGAACUUAUUGUCGUCCAGUCUGCCAAUGAGACUGGUAAUUCCAAUGAAAAUACCGCUUUGUUGUCAUCUCUCAGGCCGGAGGAGGGUAUGGAAAUGCAAACGCUUGGUGGCACAGCGGCACCACAGAGCGAUAAUGAUUCUAUCACAUCACUCGAGUACCAUAAGCCUAAUAAUAGUACCAUAGAUCUCAAAGUCGAUGUUCAUCGCAAGAACAGUUCAGAAUCUAGUGUGGAUGACAGCGCGAUAUCUGCGAAGGUUGAUACUGUCGCUAUCACGAAAUCUGACCUUUGUGUGGCGCAGCCCGCGGAAGUAACUGGACCUCCGAAAAACCGUCCGAAUAGGAGCCGAUCGAAAUCAGGCCAUAGAAGAGAACACAGAACAAAGAGUAGACGUGGACAUGAACGUAUUGAAGAACUCAUCGCAGAAGAGCCUGGAUACCCUCGAGAGAAUAGCAACUUACCUAUUCAUAUGCUCGUUGAUGAAGGCCCAUUCGCGAAAGUGAGCAGAAGGUACCACGACUGUCCGCACCGAAGAGGGUCAAGUAACAAAGACUUCUUUAAAGAAUGGUUGUAUUUGGAUGGAAGUGAAGCCACCGGGGAGCCGUAUCAAUCUAAAUUCGCACGCCAACUCAGUUCCGAUUCAAGGGAUAACUCUGAAAUAAACGUCGGACCUCCAUCCCCAAAGAAAAGGAUGGCGCAGAGACGAAGGUAUAAUAACUAUCACGACGAGAGUUGCACUAAAUCGGCAAUCGCAUUGGCCACUUCCCAGUGUCCAGGUUCAUAUAUGCGACGGAAUUCUAACUCGACUAUGUCGACGAUACAAUUGCCAUUACUCAAUUCCACUGCCCAACUGGUAUCUCAUAUGCGGAGGCAUUCAAAUAAUGCUGAUACAGGGUUCUUCGCUAGUGUUGAGUUAGGUGAAUAUAUGAUGGUGAAAGCUGAGACACCGGCUUUAGAUACGGACAAGGCUAAGAACAAAAGUCCAGGUGUUAGAAGGAUAAAGAGUGCAGCAUUGGAAAUAGGUUGUCCUCCACCAAGUGUAUCUAAUCUAUCACCUCAUCCAAACAGCGCGGAGACAAUUGGUGGUCAAGUGCUUAAAAACCCUAAAAGUGCAGUUAUACCACCUCCAAGCAAAAGUUUGACGCGCGGACCGCACCUGAAUCUCUAUCCCAAAAACGAAUCAGGAGAAGGCUGCAGUUAUCCUUACCUAACUUAUGGAUCGGAAAUAGUUUAUCCAAUAGCCGAAAUAUCAGAUGAAAUGCAAACCUCGCAAAAGGAAACGGAUUUAGACUCAAGCGGAGGUAGUUAUAGUGACUAUGAAGAUGAGAAACAGUUUCGUGGCUUCGAUUGGGAGGCUGAGCAGUCUCCAGCGCUAAGAUCAAGCGAUUCUGAUUACGAAAACAACGGCUCUAGAUCUCCUCUCCUUGAUAAGGUGAAUGGUAUAAGAAUAAUACGUAUAAAAAAUACGAGCGAUUGCAGGAAGCACUGUUGUGAAAAACCUCAUCACCCAAAACAUAAUCCAGAUUGCCCGAAUGAAAAAUCAAAAGUUAGAUUAAAAAAGAAUAACAAAACAGACGGUAGGACAGAGAAACAAUCCAGUACAUGUGUCUGUAAAUAUCCACCAGCUAGUGAAUAUUUUGAUAAAACGAGUGCUAGUUCAAAAGAUUUAUUGAUAGAGAAAUCAAGCUUAGAGUCGAAUGAAAACGGCGAAGGAAACUCUACCAAAGUGACACAAGAAAAAAAAACUGUAGAAAAGAAAUUAUGGGACCAGGAUAUAUCAAAUACCAGUAGCAGUAGUAGUAGCGAAAUAGAUAGACCGGAAGAUUUUAAGAAUGAAAAAAAUAACGUACCUGAAACAGAAGAGUCUCAAUUAACAUGCGAUAGUAAAAGUGGAGAUGAGAGAAGCGUGUAUAGUUUAGAUUGGUUAUUUGAAGAAUUACCCGAAUCUAAAGAGGCUUGCUGUGUCGAAAGUUUGGGACCCGAAGAGGUAUUAUGCCAAAAACUUGCUGCAUUGGGUGAAUCCUCGUCUAAUGUACCAAAAAACCUAGGUGCUAUACCAAAACAGAUAAAGAACUUAGCUCGCUCGCGUGCUUCCUCUCAAAAAGAGAACAAAAUGAGGGAUAGUAGAAAAGAAAAGGAUGAUAAUCAAACUGAAGAGAAGAUAUUGAUGGAUGCAGUUGAAGCUCAAGCAGCUUUAGUGCAAGGAUUGGAAUGUCUGUUCGCUGCAACGAAUGCUAAUACCGUGGUUAUGCCUACCACCAAUCGAGAAGAUAGAUCCCGUAGUCACAGACAAAGUAUUAGAGGAGAAAGAGAUAGCACACACAAAACUAGAAAACGUUCCAUUGAAGAGGUCGCACAAACAUCUACAAGUACCUUACUUCCAACAUCAAUGCCUCUUUUAGCUGCAUUUCUUAAUUCUCGAGUUGACUUCAUGCCUUGUUGCGUGCCAGAUAACCAAACACCCGUUGAAGGACCACCUCCAGAAGACGGUCAAAGAUUAAGGCCUCUGAUGGAUAGAAAUCACAGAAAUAGAGUUAGAAAGAUAAAGCGUUCGACGCGUCAGCGAAAUAAUCCGUCGCUCCAGAACACGUCAGAUAAAAAAGAAAAACCAAAUACAACAGAAAAUCCAAGCUCUAAUAAUGUCCAUUUCGCCACAUCCUUCGAAGAUACCAGCGAUGGAGCGAUACACUGCUUUAUGGACGAAUAUGGUAAUUGGAUGUCUUACACCUUCGACAAAAACAGUUCAAGCAGAUCACAAUCACAAGCCAUUCCUUUGCCAGAAAAGGAAGACGCUACCAGAGUUAAUGAAGUGAAGCCAACUGAUAAUGCAGAAAAUGCUCAAGAGACCGCCGGUGAGGGAAGUUGUGGGUCCUUAGAAUCAGAGGCUGCUAACAGUGAAAGUAUAGCAAAGCCAAAAAGAGGAGACAGUAUAGAUCAAAGUUCAUCAAACCAAGGGAGCAAUAACCCUUUACUGUCCAGCACCAAUAACGUGUCGACUAUCGUUCCCAUCAAUACGAAUAGUUCAAAUAAACGUUUUUACGUUUUCGAUGGAGGAACUGGGUCGCACGCGGAUCAGCCGAGAUCUCCCGUGGCUUACGUGACUGAUAGUUUGUUAGAACAAAUAGAAGCGGAAAGGCAAUCAAGAAUGGGGUUGCCCAGUAUGCAUAUAAAUUUCCUAAUGAACCAACAGAGAUCUCAGCAACAGGCACAACAGCAAGCAGAGAACACUUCCACACAUAUACCGAGCUUAAUGCCUUCGAUAGGCGAAGAAAGUGGGGAGAUUAAUAUAAGAAACAAAUUGACGAAAUUAUUAGAGGACCUAGAUAAAGUAAACAAACCAAAAUCUAAGAGUUACUACAAGUUUAAAUUAUGGAAAUGGUUCGAAAUAAAGGUCACUAUGGAUCGGUUGAAAUUGAUGGCGUUAUUCGACAGGAAUCUUACGUUCAAAGAGACUUUUAUAUCUAUCAUGUUGGCGGUUUGUGUCGCAGUGCUGGGUUCUAUGGUGUUAAACCUUGGGUUCUAUAGAGAUAUUUACGCCUUUUGGUUUUGUUUUAUAAUGGCUGGAAGUCAGUAUUCCCUACUAAAGAGUGUCCAACCCGAUUCUGCUUCACCUGUUCACGGUUUCAACAAAAUGGUAGUGUUCUCAAGGCCUGUUUACUUCUGUUUGUGUACUGCGAUACUUUGUGCAGUUCAUACUCAACUUCAAGACGGUCCGCAGAGUGAAGAUAAUCAUGUACGUACAAAGCGAUGCGCGGAUAACGCAAACACACUGACAAUAUACGGUGUAGAAUUUCGUGAACGUGAUUUUUUAUAUGUGAUCCAAGAAAUUAUAUCAAAGUUCCUAUUAUUUUUUCCCCUUGCCUUCAGUUUAGGUCUGUUCCCUCAAGUUAAUACGUUUAUUAUGUAUCUCUUAGAACAAGUAGAUAUGCACGUGUUUGGUGGUAACGCGACCAGCAGUUUGAGUGCUGCAGUGUAUUGCGUGUUUCGAUCGUUUGUUGCUAUUUGUGCGCUUUACGGGUUUGCUUAUAGCGGCCUCGUUGAAGGAAAGAAGUCCCAACACCAAAAGCACAACAUACUUUUCUCUCUAUUCUGUGGACUUCUGGUACCUAUAGCAUAUCAUUUAAGUAGAAGUGCAAGUGAUUAUACUCUCAUAUGGAAUCUAAUUAAAAAACAUCUGCUACCACCCGAGCUCUAUGUAGUCCAUACUUCAGAAUGUUCUCCCGAACUCGAAAAGAAUGAUGCGAACGCUCUGACGGAAGAACAGAAAAUCGAUUCAGAGAGUAACAUCUCGAAACAGAACUCAAUAGGAUCUUCAGCCUCGAAGAUCAAUUUCAGUUCGGAAACUAAUAUAGCCAAAAAUCAAAAGAGAUCCCACGCUUCCAGCAUUAGUUCGCUUAAGAUGGAUCCGAGAGGGGAUACUAUGAAUUCGACGAUGUCACUUAAAGAUAGACUAGAAACACCGACAGAGGGUGAAGAUAAAAGCAGAGAUUCAAACACACUGAACUCCAACAUUAAUAAACACGAUGAAAAGUCCGAUGAAGAUAUGGAAGAUCCGUUGCCAAAGAAGCUACAAGCGACCGUGAACGCGAGAUUGAAAAAUGACGUCAUAGUUUGCAUAUUCCUUGGACUCUCUGUGUUUGGCCUACACUGCACCACUGUAUUUACGACACUAAGACCUCAGCUGAAUACGGUAUUAUGGAUAAUAGCCGGUAUCCUAGGCUGGGUUCUUCACUACCUGACACCUCAGCUCCGCAAACAACAACCCUGGCUGUGUCUGGCGGGGCCCGUGUUGAGGCAACACGAACACGCACAAUUUGAGGUCACUGAACCCGCGAGACUUAUGUACUUCGAGCGAAUAUUCGUGUAUCUGUGUUUCCUGGAGAGGAACGUACUUUACCCGGCGGUAGUCAUAGCAGCCACUACACAAGACGCACCCGCCAUCGCAGAGAAAUAUGGAGACGCGGUCGGCGCUCUAAUCAUAUGUGUAUGCGCACUUAAGUGUCUACGAAACGCUUAUUCGGAUCCCGAUAGCCAAUACCUGAUCCUAGUGUUCGCGGUUUUGGUUUUCCAAAGAGACCUCAGCAGCCAGAAGGUGUCGGAGACCUUCCUAGUCGACUACUUCAUCAUGGCAAUCAUUUUUAAUAAAGUUUACGAGUUCCUUUUGAAGAUCCAGUUCGUGGUGACGUACAUAGCUCCGUGGCAGAUCACGUGGGGCAGCGCCUUCCACGCGUUCGCACAGCCCUUCUCCGUGCCGCACUCCGCCAUGCUGUUCUUACAGGCGGCGCUCUCCGCGCUGCUGUCCUCGCCGCUCACACCCGCGCUGGGUAGCGCGAUAUUCAUGACGUCAUACGUGAGACCGGUCAAGUUCUGGGAAAGGGAUUACAAUACGAAGAGGGUCGACCAAAGUAACACGCGGCUUUCGUCACAGUUGGAACGAAAUUUGGGAGCUGAUGAUAAUAACUUGAACUCUAUCUUCUACGAGCAUCUCACACGUUCGUUACAACACUAUCUGUGCGGAGACCUCAUGCUGGGUCGUUGGGGACAAGUGCAGCAAGGAGACUGCUUCGUGUUGGCGUCUGACUACCUGAAUUGUCUGGUGCAUAUAGUUGAAAUGGGUAACGGGUUGGUUUCCUUUCAAUUGAGAGGCCUCGAAUUCAGAGGGACGUACUGCCAGCAACGAGAAGUAGAGGCUAUAUCUGAGGGGCCCGAGGAAAGUACGGAGGGCGUGUGCGGCGGUCGCUGGUCGUGCGGGGGCGGAGUCCUAUCCCCGGGUUCGUGGUGGGCGCUCCGCUGGCUGGCCUGGCAGCUGGCGGCCGCGCGCUACGUGCUAGAAGGGUACUCCGUGACAGACAACAGCGCAGUCAGUAUGCUGCAAGUGUUCGAUUUCAGGAAGGUGCUGCUCACUUAUUACGUCAAGAGUAUAAUAUACUACACCAUACAAUCGAGUAAACUGGACGAGUGGUUGUCAUCCCCGGAAUUAGCGGAAGCCUUACGACCGAUGUCUGAGAGGUCGUUUGUUGACCUCGACCCUAUAUUCAACGUGAAUUUGGAUGAGGACUACGACUUUAGAGCGUCAGGCAUCACCAAGAGUCGUUUCUGCGCGGUAUACCAGGAGUGGGUGGUCCAUUGUAGCGCGCGUCGCGGGCCGGGCUGGCGUCGUAGGGCUUCUACGAGGGACUCGCCGCUAGUAACGCUGUGCUUCGCCCUCAGCCUGCUAGGUCGCCGAGCGCUGGCCGCCGCGCAGCAUUUAUCAGCAUCCAGCGUGGAGUUCUUCCUAUACGGUCUGCACGCGUUGUUCAAAGGCGACUUCCGCAUCACUUGCUCUAGAGACGAGUGGGUGUUUAGUGACGUGGCGUUGCUACACUCAGUACUGGCGCCCGCUGUUAAGAUGGCGCUCAAACUACACCAGGAUCACUUCAUGUUCCCCGAAGAGUACUGCAGCAGCGCGGCUCUGUACGCCGCUAUAUCCUCACACUCACAGCGACUCGUGAUCUGCCACGAGGCGGCGCCCGCCUGGAGGUACAACGUGCUGAGGGGCGCGCCGCAUCUACUGGCUCUAAGACACGUGAUGGACGAAGGUAACGACGACUACAAGAUCAUAAUGUUGAACAAGAGGCACUUGGGAUUCAGAGUGAUUAAACUGAACAGAGAGUGUGUGAGAGGAUUGUGGGCGGGCCAGCAGCAGGAGCUGGUAUACUUGAGGAAUAGGAACCCGGAGAGGGGCUCCAUACAGAACGCUAAACAGGCUCUUCGUAAUAUUAUCAACUCAUCAUGCGACCAGCCCAUAGGAUACCCUAUCUACGUGUCUCCCCUCACUACGUCGUAUGCAGACACGUCCCCUGCCCUCUGCUCUUUACUGGGGGGUUCUGUCAGUGUGAGGGCGCUCCGGGGCGCAGCCGCCGGCCUAUGGAGAAGGAUCCGUCGUCGUUGUGGCGAGGGAUGUUCGAGCGGCGCGUGUGAGGCGGCCGCGGCUGAGGCGGGCCGAGCUAGGACACCCGCCGCUAGAGGGAACACACAACAACUCAACGCUGCUCCCCGCGGCCCCCUCGGCGCGUGUAAGCCGGCCUCGUCUACACUAGCGUCGCUGGCAGGUCUGCUGAGGGAGUAUUCACAUGAGAGACACGACGAGACACGUGAGUACAGUAUAUACAGGGUGACUGCGUACAGCAGUACAGAGAGCGCGGGUGCUCCCCAGUCCGUGUCAGCGGCGCCCGGGCCUCCGCUGGCGGACUCGCGAAGGAGGAGACGCAGUGAGGAAAGAGACGCGCGGAGAGACAGGAAUAGACGCGCGCUCACACAGCCGACUAGUCGCGGUCGAGCGAGGAGGUUGGACCGAGCGAGCCGGGACAGAAACGACGACGGACAGUAUCGUCAGGGUUCAAUAUGUGGAUGGGAAUUCGGCCAUCGGGAGCCGAGACGAGCGGCCAGCGCUAAGGUGUCUAGUUCCCGUGAGUGUCGCGGUUCGUCGGGCUCGGAGUCCCAGUCGUCGCUGGAGGGCGGCGGCCCGGCGGGGGGCGAAGCCCUACAGCUGGACCUGUCGCUGCCGGACUGCAAGAUCAUCGCCAACAGGAACGCCAGGCAAGAACACUUCAAAAGAUAUUUCAUCAACGAAGGCACGUCCAAGGAUCUAUCCAAAUUAUCCAAAGAUCUGCGUCACGAGCGAGAGAGUUACAGAGAGUUGACCGGACGAUACACUGAGAAAUCUGAAGCUAUACCGCUCAAAGAGACGAACUACAGCGACACGAACAGGGAGGGCAGGAGAGAGAGGAGAGACGGAAAGAAUAAGACGAAGAGGACGGAGAGUGGGAGGACGGAGAGUGGGAUCAGUGUGGGGAGUAAAGUGUUGAUAGUGGAGCCGAUGGGGGUUUAUGACUGUAUCAACUUGGGGAGAAGGAUAGACGUGAUGUGGCCCAGCGAGUACCAGCGGGAGAGGGGCGGCCGCAACCACUGGGGCAGCUGGGUGCCGCUGGCGGGCAUGGACGGGGUGGUGGUCCACAAGUGGGUCCCCAACGCCCGCGAGCCGACGGUCCGCUCGCACGUGGACCGCAGCAUCUUACUGGUGCAGGUGGGGGACCGGUUCGUGCCGGUCGCCGAGCACAGCGUGCGGGACCUGGGGGACGAGGUGUAG